AUGUCGUCAUCAGCAGCAACGUCCAAUCUCACAUCAACGGAUCCUUCAUCAGCAACAGUGAUGAACACUCCAUCCUCCAUAACAACCAUGUACUUAAAUGAUAUGAACAAAUGUCGAGAAAUUUGGAAGAACUUUGAAUUGGAUCGGAAGAGAGAUUUAUUUGAUUCUCAGGGAAUUAAUAUAUCAAAAGCGAGAGAACAAUCAGCAGCUAAUAGAAAGAACCUUGCUCAAAUUACAAAGGAUUUUAAGAAACUGAGCAAUGAAGAAAAGGUUAGCUCGUUCCAGAAAGUAUUAAAGGCAUAUCAGGAAGAAAUUGAUUCUUUGACCAAUAGAAGUGUGAGCGCAGAAAAAUUGUUUUUGGAUCUAUACCAACCACUCCGAGAAGCUCCUGAUCCUUAUUUUAUUAUCUGUAAAUAUCAACAGUUGAUUCAACAGCAAAGUCAGCAACAAAGUAACCAAGAAGAAUAUGAAAAGACAAUAUCGGAAUUGAAAAAUCAAUUAAAUGACUAUGAAAACGAAUUUAUGCAUCUAAAAAAUCAAGAGGUUACAAUUCGGAAAUUGGAAGAAGAAGUUCUCAAGUACAAAAACCAAAGCGAAUUGUUAAAAGAACACGACUUUAUCAUUCAAAAACAUAAGGAUCGUGAAAUUAUUAUUCUCAAUGAAUUGAAAGAAAUCAAAACAGAAAAUGAGAGACUGAAUAACCUAUAUAUUGACACUCAAAAUUUAAAUUAUGAGCUGAAAACCAGGUUGGAAGAAAUUGAGGCUUCACGUCAAUAUCAAAUAGAUUUACACCAAGAGCGAGUACUACAGCUCGAGAAUCAAAUUUUAGAGUUAAAAAGCCAAACCAAAACAUCAAUCACUGAACAUUUGGAAGGGUCCAUAGAUGAACAAAUUGCCAUUAAUGAAAUGAAAACAGAAUACCUCAAGAAAAUAUCAGAGCUAAAGGAAGAUGUGAAAGAAAAAAAUCACAAAAUUCAACAACUACAUCAACAAUUGCAACAACAGCAACAAGUCAUAUUAAACAUACAGAAUGAGAUGGCUCAACUACCAACACGAGAAACUCUCCAAAAACUCCAAGAAAGAAUUAAUACACUCCAACAACUAGAGUUUGGUUAUGACUCCAACUCGCAAGAAAAGUCUGUAGAGCAGUUAUUGAAGGAGAAGGUGAUUAAAUUAGAAAAUGAUCUCACGAAAUCUAACCAGAAUAAUAGAGAGAAAGAUGAAAAAAUUGAAGCUCUCAACUCACAACUCAAUGAACUUUCUGUCAAGGCUUCAGAACAAUUGAAGACGAUUGAAAAACUCGAAGCCAACGUUGAUCAGCUCAUGAAAUCCUCGACUCUACCAUCCAAUACAGAAGAAGUGAGCAUAUCAGAACCUCAAUCUCUCAUUUCUAUUCUAACAGAGCAACGAAAUAGAUUCAGAGAUAAGUACAACACAUUGGAAGAAGAGAACUUGAAACUCAAACAACACAUUGAACAUUUAGAAAAUGAGCAAUCCAAAUUACGCAAAGAAAAUUUAAAGCUUUAUGAGAAGACAAAAUAUUUGCAAUUCUACAACCAGAAUGCUCUCUCUUCGACCAACAAACCUUCUUCAUCGCAAGAUUACGAGCCAAUCCAAAACAAGUAUGAACAGCUCUAUGAACAAGAAUUAGAUCCAUUUAAGAGAUUUCACAGAAAAGAAAGAGAAGAACGUUUGAACAAUAUGACAGCUGCUGAAAAAGUAAUUUAUAGAUGUAGCAGCUUAAUGCUGUCCCACAAACUUGGUCGAAUGUUCUUGUUCUUUUACUUGCUUGCUCUGCACACCUUAGUCUUCUUUACUUUAUCCAAAUUAUCAGGUCUGACGAUCCGAAGAAAAUAA